AGCACGUAGGACCUUAUCUGCUUCUGAGUUCUGGGCCAUUUGCAAAGAGCGGUAGGGAUAUAUCCUGAGAAGGCAACAGGGGACAUAAUCAAAGUUUGUACAAGGAAGAGAGAGGCAGGAGAGUUGAAAUUGUGUUAGCUGGAGGUUUGAAUGUGCUGGUGACUAGAGAAUGAUUCUCAGGCAGAGGGCUAGUGGAACCUAAGCGCCAACAUGUCGAGUUGGGGCUACGUGGAUCAGAGGGAUGCAAACCUCAAUAGCUUCACAACAUUUGACGAUGACCUGGGAUGGGACGGCUUUGAGGGAACGAGCUCCGACGGCAUCGUGCCGGAUCGCGAGAGCCCCCCCUUGGAGAUUCGCAAGGGGAAACGCUCUUCCCGUAGCCGAUCUGCCAAGUUCGCCCCCCCAGACCAGCGGUCACAAAACCCAAAGAGCAGUUCAGCAGACGAAUGGGAGGGGGUGCGGACUCCCUCUCUGAGCCCCCCCCUGAGCCUUGGGAAUGGCAGCAACUCUGGCCUUGUGCCGAGCGUUUUGGAUGAGGGGUUUGAGGGAUCAGGGGCAAUCACGGAUGUUGUGGGAGGAAGCUUGAAGGGGGAGGUUGACAUGCGGCUGCCCUCGGGCUCGUUCACACUGGACAACUUGGGGUCAGGGGACCUGGUGGGAAUGGGCCCUGGAAAACGGUUGUCGGGGGCUGUGGACUACGGAUAUGAGGGGCUGGGAGACAUGGAUGUUUGGUUCAAGGGCCCGGAUACCAGCUCCGUUCCUUGGGAGCAGUCAACCCCCCUCCGUAACAGCCUCUCAAAAACAGACGUCAAAGUUGAGGAUGAUGAGGGGGACGAGCUAGUGGCUCAGGUGCUGAACGAAGACACGCCUUCUCCCCCCCAUCGCGACUUCGACAGCGGGAAAGAGAACCAGAGCACGCUCACAAGCGAUGAGAGCCAGAGCAACACGCUGUAUCCCUUCCAGGAUGAGAACCGCGAUUGGGGAAACAGCACGUCAGGUGGGGAGGGUUCAGCGGGCUUCCGGCACCCCCCGAAAGGGGUGAGGAGUUUCCAGAACGAGAACGGGGGUGCGGACGUCAAACCAAAUCUGGCGGGGGGUUUUGAGGGAGGGGUAAUGAGCAGUGAGCUCAAGGAGAAGAUGCAGAUGCAACUGAACAGGGAGAAAGAGCGGAUGAACCGGCAGAUUCAUCAGCAAUUGGUGAAGCAACAGAAGGAGCGAGAAGAGCAGCUGAGGGCGCAACAACAGCAGGGGCAGCAGCUGUUUCGGAAGCAGGAGGCGGAGCGGCAGUUCCUGUACAUGCAGGUACAAAAGCAGCAGCAGCAGCAACAAGCACUGGGCCCAAUGGUCGGGACCUCCCCUGUGCCUCUGAUUCCCGAAGCUAGCAAGGAGGACCUCGAAAAACUUUCGCUGGAGCUGUCGGCUGCGGAGCCUCGCCCGUACCCUGAUCCUGCGGUGCUUGAGUUGCCGAUGAGCGUGCCGAGCACGAGCGGAAGCGACGACCCAGCGGUGGGCCAGGAUGAUGCGUCGAUCAAGCGCGCGCGGCGGCAGGCGGUUGCGCGGCGGCUCGAGCAGAACGGCAAGCGCGUCCCGAAGUCCCCGUCCUUCUCCAACCUCUCGAGCAAAGGCUCUUUCUCCCCGUCCCAACAAACCAGCUUCCAUGCGCCGCCACCCCCGUCCCCAGUAACUCUUCCAGGGGGGGCGCUCCACCACUCGCCGCCCCUAAAUCCGACCCCCCCUCCAGCAAUGCCCCUGCGGCCGCCCCCCAUCGUACUCCCCUCCGAGCCCCAAAUGUUUCGGCCACCCCCUGGGGGGGUGACGGCCUCCCCAGUGCAGGGCUUGAUACCCACCCCCCCAAUGGGGGGGCCGAGCCAAGGGGGAUUUCCUCCCCCCCAGUACGGUCAAAACGCCCGUCUGCAGCAGCAGCCCGGGCUCCCCCCGGGUCCACCGGCGUUCCGGCCGUCGAUGUACUACCCGCCUCAGCAAAUGGGGGGUGCCCAGGGCACGUAUUUGUCACCCCCCGGAACGGGGCAGAUGGCAUGGGGGGGCAAUGCGAUGGUGGGCGUGGACCCCGGGCUGCAAGUCCCGGCGGACGACGACUCGGCGGAGGCGAACGUGUUUCGGGAGCUCGAAGGGGCGAUGCGAACGUUGGACGUCGGCAUGCGGCUGACCCUGCGCGACUCGCUCUUCCGCCUCGCCGACUCCGCCAGUCAGCGCGCAGUGACGUCAGCAGCCGCAUCCGCGAGCGGGAGCACUGCCGACACCACUCACUCCGGAUCCAACACUCCGGGGGGGAACGGCGGCGAGAAGGAGAAAGUAACGCAAAUGAUCGAUCGAGCGGUUGCGAACCUUCUCUACCACAAGCAGCUUGCUCCGAAGCCGGAAGAGCUCCCUCCCCCCCCGCAGCAGUGGGGGCCGCCGCAGAGCUUUUCGGGGGGGUACGGCAACGGGGCGCCCAUGCAGCAGAUGCCCCCCCCGGGCGGGCAGCCGAUGAUGGUGCCCGCUCUGGGGGGGAUGAAUUUGCCCAUGAUGAGCCCCCUCCCCCCGCAAGACUGGUACUGGCACGACACUGGACAGGGAGGGUCGCAGAUGGUCUCGAACGCUCAGUUGGCGUUACCCCCCAGACCGAGUACGGGCCCCAGUAACUCCCUCCAGACGAAUUCUAACUCGGGAUUUGCACCGCGGUAUAAGCGGGGGAGAGCGGGCGUAAAGCUGAAGGAAGCCGCCGGAAAGAGCCUUGGGGGGGGUGCGAUGCACGCAAACCCGCUAGCGAGGAGAGUGCACACUAAUCCGGUCGUCUUGGGGGGGUUUCCGAACGGGGGGAAAGCCCCCCCCGGGGGCAGGUUCGGCGUGCCAAAACCAAAAGAGGUGGUCAAGCCGGGGACUAUGAGCAGUAGCGGAGCAAGCACGAACUUGGGAUCGGAGACUUUGCAACGGGGGGGUCUUUUACCGGGCUUCGAAGGGGGAGGAAAGGGCCAGAAGCACAAAAGCGGGGGCGAGGGCGACGUUCAGGGGAGCCCGAAGCUGGCGAGAAGUUCGGAGACGGGAAAGUCGGGGGUGUCGUCAAUCUGCGCUCUGGGGGGUAGGGAUCAAGCGGUCGUGGAGGGGGGGGCUUGA